AUGUCUCUGAUCUCGCUUCCUGAAGGUUUUUUUCUUCUUAAAUUCAAUAAUCUUGAAGAUUACAACUUUGUCUGGUCCAGAGGACCCUGGUUCCUUCUAGGAAAACCAUUUGUUCUUCAACAAUGGUCUCCGAAAUUUAAACCAAAAAGAGAUGAAUCUGCUUCGGUGCCUAUCUGGAUCAAAGUUCUUGAUCUUCCUUUAGCUCUUUGGACGCCUUCGGGAAUUUCCAAAAUAGCUAGUUAUGUUGGAAUACCUCUAACGGUUGAUGAUCUUACCGCUAAGCGAACUCGUCUUAGUUACGCUAGAAUAUGUGUCCAAAUUUCUAAAGAAUCCAAACUUCCCGAUGAAAUCCCGAUUGUGAUUGAAGGGGAAGAAUCUGUUUUAAAAGUUGUUUAUGACUGGAAACCUACUCCUUGUGAGUCAUGUGGUUCCCUAAUUCACCCUUCUAAUCUGUGUCCUACUAACCCCACUCCUAAUCAAUCUUCGGGCCCUAGUACCCUUCCUAAACAAAGAGGAAGAGAUAUUAGUAGACAACAUCGUCCCAUCUAUAGAUCUAAAUCUAAGUUACCCCCGCUUCUUCCAACCCCUUUAUCUGAGCCCUCUAAUCCUAACCCGGUUAUUGCUCCAAAUUCUGAGAUGGCUACAUCGUCUCAUGCUGUUCCUCCUGUUGACUCCAGAAUACUUGCUAAUCAGGAGGAAAAAAUUAUUCCUGCUGUGCCGGUCUGCGACAAUGGUUUGAAGGGAAAGGAUUCUAAUAUUCCUAAUCUCAAUUUUCCUACUGAGGAAUUAUCCUCUUCUGAACCUAACUCUUCUUUCACGGUUAACAAAGGAAAGGGCAUCAAGAUAAAUAAUAAGUUUAAUCUGCUUGUUGAGGAAGAUCCUCUGAACUUUAUUCAGGAAGAUGAAUUAGAGGAGAUCUCAUCUUUACAACAUGGGAAAUACCAUGAGGAUACAGAUCUAUCCAAAAACAAAUCCCCUGCUCAAAAGUCUCCCAAUAUUAACAUACCUCCUCCUCAGUCAACAAAUAAAAAAUCUUCAAAAGCAAAAAAUGCCAAAAAGGCAAAACCUUCUUCUUCCAAAUCUAGAUGA